GAUUCGCUGCUGUUCUUGUCAAUCAAGAGGGUGUGCCCGUGAGGCGCUAGUUGCGGCCCAGGAACGCCCUACGAGAGCGCGGGCAUGGAGCUGGGGCCCGGGCAGUUCGCGCAGAGCCUGCCCCGCCUGCGGGCGCUGGUCCUGGGCUGCGACUUCCUGGGGCUCGAUAUGGAAUUCACAGGUUUACAUUCAGUCUUUCCAAAAGGCAAGCAGCCCAGUCUCUUCGAUUCACCUGCUGAGUGGUAUCUGAAGGCCAGACGGAGUGUUCAGAAGUUCACAGUCAAUCAGCUCGGGUUGUCUAUAUUUUCAAAUGAAAAAUCAAACAAGUAUGUUGCACACUCCUAUAACUUCUUCCUCUUCCCCACAACAUUUGGAGUCAUGGACUCUGAAUUCUCUUUCCAGGCGUCUAGCAUUCAAUUCCUGACGCAUUACGGUUUUGAUUAUAAUAAGUUUCUGAAAGAUGGAAUCCCAUAUAUGAAUGAGGUACAGGAGAAGAAACUUCAGCAAGGUCUCUUAACUGGAAACUGGAAAGUUCGCAGCACUUUGGACAAGGAUAAAGUGAAAAAGGUGAUUGAUGAUGUGACACGCUGGGUGCCAUCAGCAGAAGAGGGAGGCUCUAUGGUUCUACAUGAUAUUAGUGGUUUUCAGAUAUUUGAGGUACAGCUGAUUCUGAGACAGGCACUUCCAGAUGUUUGGACAGAGCCUUUUGGAGACCAGAAGGUGAUGGUGAAAAAGGUGAGUCCACAGCAUCGCUGGCGUCUGGAGAACUCUUCUUAUGACUGCUGCCGAAAGGAGCUCGUUCUUCUCUCUGCCCGGGGUUUCACCAACCUCUUCCAGACCCUUAUUGAAGCCAAGAAGCCAGUGGUGGGACACAACAUGCUCAUGGACCUUCUGCAUCUUCAUGACAAGUUUUACAAGCCCCUCCCAGAAAGCUAUGAGGAGUUUAAAAGGAACAUUCACAGCCUGUUUCCUGUCCUCAUAGACACCAAGAAUGUAACAAAAUCAAUCUGGAAGGAAUUUCAGUUUCCUCGAGCAUCUAACCUUCUAGAAGUUUAUGAAAUCCUGUGCAGUGACCUAAAUCCCACCAACCCCACAUGUCCGGUGAUUGCCCAUGCAAGUGACUGUUCAAAAUAUGCUGACAAGAAAUCUCCCCAUGAGGCGGCCUAUGAUGCAUUUCUCUGUGGAUCAGUUCUUUUGAAAUUAGCUCACUUGCUUCUAGGCAGAAUGCCAUGUGACACGCUGGAGACUGGUCCCUCUUUCUCUCAGUAUCUCAAUGCAUUAACCAAGUACCUGAACCAGGUGAAUCUGAUCCGAGCUGGCGUUUCAACAAUCAAUUUCUCUGGCACAGAUGUCCCUAGCCAACGUCCACCUCUACUGAUUGCCAGUGUUCGGGGAUGGCCUGGGGUGGAUGAAGAACAGAUCUAUCAAAAGUUAAAAGCUCUGUGCAAGUUUGAUGUCAGACGACUGACCGAGAACCAAUUUCUGUUGCUCUCCAAUAAAUUUAAGGAUGUCAGGGUUGUUCUGCGAGAUUAUAAAGCUCACCCCAAUCUGCGGAUUUCACUCUAUCGCCACUGGAGACACUCACCACAAGUGAACUGCUUGCUACAAAUUUGUGGGAUUGUGGCAUCAUGGUCUCUUCUGGCCUUUUUGUUUGGAGGAUCUCCAUGGUAUGCCAUGUAAAAGAUUAUCUUCUGGAAAAAUCUCAGGGACAUCUUUCCGAUCUAUGUGCUUUUCACCAGGAUGCCUGUUGUGGUUUUUUUUUUUCUUACACUGUUAACGUAGUGAUGGUCAGUAAAAGGCAUUUAACAUUGAUUUUUUUUGUUUGCCUUCAAUCACAAAAAAAAAUCUGUGUUUAAGGAGACUGUCAGGUUUUAGGAAUCAAAUCUGAAGGGGAAAAUCCUCCUGUUUUUUAAAAUAUAUUUAUUAAAGAAGUACUACUGUACCUCUUCUUCAGGUGCAAGUGGACCAGAGAAUCCACUGUUUUGAUGGGACUUUUAUCUUGUUCCCUGUUUAUUCUUCAGCAACAUUAAUAAACAGUUCGAUUGCAAGUAUUGUGUUGCCGUUAAAGGCUGGUGUACACAGGCUCAUAUUAUGUUUUUUGGAAAUUGUUAAAUAGAAGGAGCUACUUUAACUUUAAUUCCAUCCCAACCAAGGGAAAGGGGGUUAUUGCUAUUUGCCACAUGGAACAGGAUAACACUGAUGGAGAAAUAAUUCUGCAGGCUCCUGAAAGGUUUUCAA